AUGACUAACGAAAAAGAACUGAGACGAGAAUAUCCCCUGCAUUGGGUUGUGUUCCGGAAUGAUUAUGAGAAUUUAAUGGAAUUGCUGGAGGAAGGACAUACGAAUGAGAUGCUUGACAAGCUCGAUGUGAGAGGCCGUACACCUUUGAUGUUAGCCAUUACCCUUGGCCAUUAUGAAUGUGCUCGAGCUCUACUAGAAAAAGGAGCGAACGCAGCUAUCCAAAAUGCAGGUUGGCUCACUUUUGCUUCACAUCUAAAACAAGGAAAGGGUCGAAAAAGACUUUGCUCACUUAAGGAUCGAUGUGCCAUUAAAAACGGAUUUUCUGGCACCUCCUAUUCGUACAACUGCGAACUCAUUGAUUCCACGUCCUUCACUUAUGCAGAUAUGUGGUCGCCUAGUCAUGAAGCUAUUUGUGCGGGGAAUAGUGACCUUUUGCGAUUAAUCAUCCAGUAUCGAGAUUAUCAACGAGCUCUGCAAACAAGUUCUGCUAUGGGACGUUUACUUACUCUGUUGAAGGAAACAAGCGAUUUUUAUGCAGAAAUGAGUUGGGAGUUUACUAGUUGGUUACCAUUUGUUAGCAAAAUAUGUCCUUCUGAUACGUACAAGAUUUACAAGCGGGGUUCAAAUGUUCGCAUUGACACAACAUUAGUUGGUUUUGAUAUAACAUCGAAUUGGAAACGCGGCAAUCAGUCCUUCAUAUUUCGUUUUUCUGAUAACUGUCAAGCGCAGUUGAUUGUCCUGGAUCAUGAUAGUAAAACG